UUAUUCUAGCAUGCAUCUGUUGAAGAUUAACUAUCCCAUGUGGAAAAGUCCUUGGCAACUAAUGCUGUUUUGGAGUGGCAAUCUUAUAAAGCUAGAAGGUUCUUCAGCAAAAGCACUUGUGAGCUUGAAAGAGGGAAGUUUAUCCAGUUCGUGGAAUGAAAAAUAUAAUUCUCUGCAGAAAACACCCAUUUGGAAAAGCAAGAAUGCUGGUUCUGCAGUGGAAAUGCCCUUCAGAAAUUCAAAACGGAGUCGACUCUUCUGUGAAGAAGAUGAAAGACAAAUAAACACAAGGUCACCCAAAAGAAAUCAGAAGGUUGCGAUGGUUCCACAGAAGUUUAAUACAACGAUGCCAACACCAGACAAGAAAGCAUCACAGAAGAUUGGUUUACGGCUUCGUAACCUGCUCAAACUUCCCAAAGCUCACAAGUGGUGCAUUUACGAAUGGUUCUAUUCAAAUAUAGAUAAACCACUAUUUGAAGGAGAUAAUGACUUCUGUGUAUGCCUGAAAGAAUCUUUUCCAAAUUUGAAAACCAGAAAAUUGACAAGAGUAGAAUGGGGGAAAAUCAGACGAUUAAUGGGAAAACCACGGAGGUGUUCCUCUGCGUUCUUUGAGGAAGAGAGAUCAGCGUUAAAACAGAAACGGCAGAAAAUAAGACUUUUGCAGCAGCGGAAAGUUGCAGAUAUUUCACAGUUCAAAGAUCUUCCAGAAGAAAUUCCAUUACCGCUUGUAAUAGGAACAAAAGUUACAGCACGCUUGCGAGGUGUCCAUGAUGGACUCUUCACUGGACAAAUAGACGCUGUAGACACUCUUAACGCUACAUACAGAGUGACUUUUGACAGGGCAGGUCUUGGAACACACACAGUCCCAGAUUAUGAAGUUCUUAGUAACGAGCCUCAUGAAACUAUGCCAAUUGCUGCCUUUGGUCAGAAACAACGGCCUUCAAGGUUUUUUAUGACCCCUCCCCGAUUGCAUUAUACACCUUCACUCCAGUCUCCAAUUACAGACAGUGAUCCUUUAUUAGGACAAUCUUCAUGGAAAAGCAAAAUUUCAGGCACAGAUAGUGAAACACUAGGAGGCUUUCCAGUAGAAUUCCUCAUUCAAGUGACCAGGUUAUCGAAAAUCCUUAUGAUCAAGAAGGAACACAUCAAACAAUUGAGAGAGAUGAAUACAGAAGCAGAAAAGCUGAAAUCCUAUUCUAUGCCAAUAGGCAUUGAGUUUCAGAGGAGAUACGCAACUAUUGUUCUAGAUCUAGAACAACUAAACAAAGACUUAAAUAAAGUUUUGCAUAAAGUUCAACAGUAUUGCUAUGAGCUUGCUCCUGACCAAGGCCUCCAGCCUGCCGACCAACCGACAGAUCUGAGGCGUAGGUGUGAAGAGGAGGCUCAGGAGAUCGUUAGGCAAGCAAAUUCCUCCACAACAGGACAGCUUUGUGUUGAGAGUGAAAAUUUAACCGAUCUUAUCUCUAGACUUACAGCGAUAUUACUGCAAAUUAAGUGUCUAGCAGAAGGAGGUGAUCUGAAUUCCUUUGAAUUUAAAUCACUAACAGAUUCAUUAAAUGACAUUAAGAAUUCAAUAGACUCCUCAAAUAUCAGUUGUUUUCAGAAUAACGUUGAGAUCCAUGUUGCACAUAUUCAGAGUGGUCUGAGCCAGAUGGGGAACUUACAUGCUUUUGCAGCUAAUAACACCAACAGAGACUGAAAAUUUCCUUUCAAGUGUACAGCAAGUAGUUC